AUGUCUGCGUACGGCGACAUAAAACGCACAGUAGCUACUUCGGCUCUGCCAACCACGAUUUGGACCCGGUUCUCGCCACAAAAUGCGAAUACUGGCGAGUCUGGCACUGAUCAAUUCAUCUCUGUGCACCACUUGACACUGGGAAUGGCGAGUGCGCUGCCGGGGCUUCUCGGAUACCUGGGCACGGUGUUUGCGAAGGAGAUCGAGGACGGGCUGACGUACCCGCAGGAGGGCGAGAUGGAGCAGAAGACGUUCGAAGCCUACUUUUUCGCGGCUGAUGUCUUUGUCGGGAUCGUCGGCGAGUCUUUGCCGAGAACCGCAUCAGGGGAGCGCGUCCGCUCAGGCGAUCAGGCAGCCGUGCAGGACAUCGACGCUGCGCGCGGAACGCGAACAUGGGAAGAGUGCGUCGCUGGUUAUUACUACAUUAAACCCAAUUAUCCAGGACGCUCUUCGCAUAUCUGCAAUGCAGGCUUCGUCGUGCCGCCGGUACAACGAAAGAAAGGCUACGGGUCGCUUCUCUCGCAAUCAUAUGUCCACUACGCGCCCCGGUUAGGAUACCAAGGCAGCGUGUUCAACCUGGUCUACGUGAACAACGUUGCUUCAGUCAGACUAUGGGAGAAACUGGGAUUUACAAAAGUAGGACGCAUCCCGCGCGCAGGACGGCUUCGCACUGCAGAUGGCCAGGGCGAGGAAUACGUAGACGCGUGGGUGGUUUAUAAAAGCUUUUACUGA